GAGACCGCGAGCGAGUCUCACCUGGAUCGAGGGAUCGGUUGAUCCAGAAGUCGUGAACCGAGCAAACCAGUUAGAUAGGUGCCAGCCGUGGCGAACAGAUCGAGCCGGCGGCUGCCAGUCCGAGAGGUACGCCGAGAGGUUACACGUUCUUUCAUCCUGCCGCGGUUCUCGCAGCCGGUCCGAUUGUCGCGGGUUCCCCGAAGUCGCUCGAAGGGCGUUCUCCAAACCCAAAGGGGUUGCCGUGGGACCCCAGAUGAGACGGGGAGGCGCCGGGCGCGGAGGCUCCAUCACUCGACAGGGUUCGACCACGUGGCCGCAGGUGCCCGUUGCGAUCGGGAGUGCCAGGCCUGGGUGGCUGACGUUCCAGGUGUUCUCCAGGUGAUCUGGCGUGGGACAUUCCGAAAAUCUGACUCGGUGGCUCGAAACACUGUUUCGUUCGAAGGCGACGAUGCAUCGUCGCGAGGUCUGAGAAGAACUAUAGACGCAAAGACGCGAUAGAAGCAGAAGCAACAGCAGCUCGGCAGUGUCAGUCAAGAUGUGUGACCGGCGAAAACAGGCUUGGUUCGUCGUUUUCAUCAGCAGCGUGUUGAUGCACACCGUUGUUAUCGCCAGUCCGAUCUAUGUUCCUCAAUUUCUACCGGGAAGCACGGGCAGAAACAUCAGGCACUUGCCCUGCGUGUCACGCAGGAGUGGCGAGACCGGCGUGUGUAUGUUUGCGUUUACCUGCGCGAAGGCUAAUGGCACGCAUCUCGGCACCUGCAUCGAUCGCUUCUACUUCGGUAGCUGCUGCAAGAUCGACGACGAGCCGGACAUCUUCCCGCAGGACAAUAGCAUCGACGACGGGCCGCCGGCGCCGCCGCCAAGGCCGUUCAUCACGACUCGCAAGCCCAUCCCGAGCAACAGCAUCCCGGAGUACUUUGCGAGACCAAAGCCGACAGAUGAGAGGAAACCAACAGAGGCUCCUCAAACCACGACAACACCUGUAAUCUCGAGUACGCAAAGCACGCAAACUUUAGCGAGUACAUUGAGGAACGCGACAAAAUUGCCGACGAAAAAGCCAGUAAUCACGACGGUCGAAAUGACUACGCAGACUACUCGUCUCACCACGUUCCAAACCGUGCAAAGCGCUGGAAGCUCGUCCAGCACGGAAGCUGCGUUGUCGAAGAGCACCGCUAGUACAGUAACUAGACCGGCAAGUAUAUCCCCAAGCACGACGAGGCAACCUACGAAACCGUACACUUCGACUUCCACUCUGCGGCCCAGCAGCGAAGAUGCAACGAGGCUGGCGAUCACCACGACGGUUUCGAAAGCGACCACGAAGAAACCUGCCGUCUCCACGACAACGGUGCAGAAACCGACGACGCAGACCUCUCGGAAGCCAGUGGCUUCGACCACUCGCAGACCGAUCCCUCAAUCGACUACGUCGAAGAAUGUCCUCACGACUACGCAGCAAGUGGUACCUUCGACCAGAUUCCCGCCGAGGAACACGACGUCGCCCAAACCGUUGACUCAGACACCUAUCAAAAAGCCCGUUAGCACUGUUCACAGUACCAAGAGACCUGCCACCACGAUUGUCACCGUGGCAACGAAACGUCCGGUGACGACCACGAAGAGACCUACUACUCUGACGAAGAUACCAUUGAGUUCUUCGAGGCCUCUCGUGAAUUCCAGUCUUGGUACCUCUACUGUACCAGUGACGAGUAGACCUCUCUCGACCUCCGGUUCCUUCAGCAACAUCGGAUCAUCUAACAUAAGCAUCACGGAGAGUACUUUAGCCUCCGUUGGAACCAGACCGUCGACCAUCACAACAUCAACAGCUACAAGCGCAAGCAGUCCAAAGAUUUCCACUACGACGAAAAUCCCGGAUCAAACUAUCGCGAAAACAACAACUCCGAGGACGACGCUGAAGACGACAACAUCGACGAAAACAUCGACCAUCAAGACAAGCAAACCGACGACAACUAAAACAACGACUCAUAAAACGACGACGACGUCCAUACCAUCGCUUUCGACUACGACCAGACCGAAACCUAUUAAAAUUACCAGCGCAACAACUAAGACUACUACUAGACCUGAACAUGAAAAUAACACCACGACGACUACAGAGAGGACGAAGCCAUCGUUGUCGUCGAUCAUUGGAUCGACGGUCAAUGUUACAAGGCCUAAACCCACCACGACAAAACCAGUGACUACACCUUUGGUGAAGAUUCCUGUAAAUAUGUCAUCCAGCAUUGUAGAAGUCACCACGAGUAUCUCGAGUUCGAUAUCCACGUUUACCGUUAAGAACGAAAGCACCUCGACCUAUGUGCCUCCUACCAAGGGUCAGAAUGUUAAUCACACCCUCGAGGAGAUCCCGUUGACUACCUAUUCCCCAGGCUUAGUGACGUGGAGUUCGAAUUCUGAUGAAGUUACCGUAAAGACGCCGGAGACAUCCUCGUCAACGUCGACAGAGGCCACAUCAUCAGAGCAAGCGGAAACUGAUUGGUCCCCGAUAACGACUCCGGACGGCUGGAUAAUGAUUCAAUCGCCCUCCACCGAAAAAUUACCGCAGACUCAGGAGUCGACGACCGAACCGGUUGCGGAAUCCACUGUACAGUCUUUGACUUCUGCCAAACCGUUAAUAGAGACUACCAGCAGUCCCGACAUCACGACGAAACCGAUGAUGACCACUUUGCCUUCAGCGAUUACCGGUAUUACGAUCGACACGGAGCUUCCGGUACCGAUGGAGACUCUCAAUAUGUCGGACUACAAACAAGUGUGCGGACGAAGGCUGUUUCCGGAGGCCAGAAUAGUCGGCGGUGACCAAAGCUCCUUCGGAAAGUGGCCCUGGCAGAUCUCGUUGCGUCAAUGGCGAUCGCAAACGUAUCUGCACAAAUGCGGCGCCGCAUUGUUGAAUGAGAACUGGGCUAUUACCGCGGCGCACUGCGUCGAAAGUGUACUACCUGCCGAUCUGUUAUUAAGAAUCGGCGAACACGAUCUGGCGAACGAGGACGAACCAUACGGAUAUCAAGAAAGAAGAGUACAAAUCGUAGCGACUCAUCCACAAUUCGAUGCGCGGACUUUUGAAUAUGAUCUCGCCCUUCUGAGAUUCUACGAGCCUCUUAUACCCUUCCAACCGAACGUCUUGCCGAUCUGUUUGCCCGACGAUGAUGAGACUUACGUUGGUCGCACCGCCUAUGUUACUGGCUGGGGCAGACUUUACGAUGAGGGACCACUGCCAUCCGUAUUACAGCAAGUUGCAGUACCAGUCAUUAAUAACUCUGUAUGCGAAGCGAUGUACAGAAACGCGGGUUACAUCGAGCACAUUCCGCACAUUUUUAUCUGCGCCGGUUGGAGAAACGGUGGAUUUGACUCUUGCGAGGGCGACAGCGGUGGUCCGAUGGUCAUCCAAAGAGCGCGGGACAAGCGGUGGAUCCUUGCUGGGAUCAUCAGCUGGGGAAUCGGUUGCGCUGCGCCCAAUCAACCAGGAGUUUACACGCGCAUCUCGGAGUUUCGCGAGUGGAUCAAUCAGAUCCUUCAGUUCUGAACUCAUCGUUGGAAGCUCGAAAUUCGCGCUCUCGCGCCGACUCCCUCGGACACUCGGAACGACCGUUGUGCGGACAAAUGGCACCAUCUGCCGGAGCUGUGAGCCAAGUGUAAUUUAGUGCAAAAAGGGGAAGAACAGAAAUAAGAGAUCCCCAGCGUGUUGCGAAACCGGACGACGUAUGGCGCCACCGAUUCGAAUUUCUCGCGAAUAAAACUCUUCGAAACUCUAAUUGAGGACUAUUCUUGAAGAGGCAAUUACGAAUGCGAGUUCGGAAUCUGGCGAAGGCAUGAAUUUAAAAACAAUAAUGCAAAAUACGCCGAGCGCAUUGAGCGGGAAAAGUGAAAGAACAUUUGUAGAAAGACGAAAUCUAAGUCUUUUUUUUAAAUCUUAAUAAUGAAAUUAGAAAUGAAAUUGACGAAAAGAUUUUAUAUCCUCUUCAUCAUAUAUGUCAGACUUCUCCCGAAUAAAAAUUCGACGACAAGUUUACUCUGUGAAGAAACAGAAAAUGAAACCGCUGUUUGCGCUUUAUUUAGAAUUUACAGCCUUUGGCUGCAAAUGGACAAAGAAUGAAAUUUAAUGAACUUUGUAUCUUUUAGUCCUCUAAAUAUAUAUUUCAGAUAUAGAAAAAUUGCAACAUCUACGCAGGAUCUACAAUCCGUAUAUAUGAGUAUCUUAACUCCUGCCUAUUUAUUUAUAUCGUGCAAUUUCUAUAUCAGAAAAUAUCCCUAAAUUAC